AUGAGGGUUGCACCAGCCAGUCCACUGCCAAAGACGAAGAACGCGACGAUCGCCAUGGUCAGCCAUCUGUGCCCAAGAGCUCUCAAAUACGUGGAUGAGACGAAGCUGAUCGUCGCAAACUAUGGUAAUAUCGACGACGAGACUGAUGAGGCAGAGAUUGGUGCUGCAGACGGUGGUGAUGAUGUCUUGGAAACUGAGGGCGGUCCAGACUCCCAGGAAGCACCAUACGACGGCUUUCUAUCAUUGACGGACGCCAGGACCAUAUCAAUCGGUAGCCUGCCAGCCCGCGAUAUAACUGGCAAACGCGCUUUACAGAGCGAACAAGAAAAUAGGAGGCAAGCACAUUUCCCGCCAAUGGAUCAAUGGUCCAGUUCGAGUUUGCACUCGCCUAUGCACGACGAGACUUCGCCUGACGACAUCAACCCGAGGCCUCCCGGUUGGAUGCCUCGACCAGCGAACGACCUGACCCGAACUUCCUUCCCCCGAGAUCGAGCAAUCCUCCUGAGAUAUUUCGUCCAAGAGCUUUCCCUCUGGUUCGACAUCUGCGAUCCUCAGAGACACUUUGGGCAGAUAGUCCCUCGAAGAGCUCGGACACCACCGACGCUUUCUCAAUACCAUUUGCACAGCAUCCGCCAGGCAUCUUGUACGCUUGCAGAAGCAUAA